AAACGCGCAUCAGUUGUUCGACGAAAAGCCCCAGAGAGCUUCGAAGCUCUCGACCACGCCGGCGCGCACGCAAGCGAGGAAGCGAUGUCGGUGGCGUGCGGAGUGGAGUGCGUGGUGUGCCUCGGAUGCAGCCGCUGGGCGUGGAAGCGGCUCACCUACAUCGGCUCCUACGACAGCGAGUCAUGGCCUCUCGGUGAGGCCGACGACUUCGAGCCCGUCCCGCGCGCGUGCCGUGCCAUCCUCGCCACCUACGAGGACGAUCUUUCACAGCCACGAUUUCCCCCCGCCGGCGGCUACCGUAUGGAUCCUUCCGCGGUGUUAAAGCGCGCCACCUACUCCGAUACCCAGGGCCAGUGCCCACCUUACCUGAUUUAUACCGAUGUCGAGCAUAAGGAGAUCAUCCUCGCCAUUCGCGGCCUUAAUCUCUCCAAAGAGAGCGAUUACAAGGUCCUCCUUCACAAUCGGCUUGGUAUGCAGAUGUUUGAUGGGGGGUUUGUGCACUGCGGGCUCUUGAAGGCGGCGACAUGGUUGCUUAAUCAGGAAGCUGAUGCGCUCCGGCGGCUCUGGCUUGAUCGGGGGCCGGAGUAUCGGCUUGUCAUCGCUGGGCACUCGCUUGGAUCUGGGAUCGCUGCACUGAUGAGCAUUAUCGUCGUCAAUCAUCGGGAUCGGCUCGGAGGGAUCCCUCGGAGCCAUGUCCGGUGCUACGCCAUUGCGCCGGCGAGGUGUACAUCGUUAAACCUCGCUGUCAAGUAUGCCGAUGUCAUCCACUCCGUUGUCCUUCAGGAUGAUUUCUUGCCAAGAACCGCAACACCUUUGGAAUACAUCUUUGGAUCAAUCUUCUGCUUGCCCUGUUUUUUGUUUUUGGUAUGCCUGAGAGAUACAUUUAUACCAGAAAGGAGAAAGCUUAACGAUCCAAGAAGGCUUUAUGCUCCUGGUCGCAUGUAUCACAUCGUUGAAAGAAAAUUUUGCAGAUGUGGAAGAUUCCCUCCGGAGGUGAGAACUGCCAUUCCAGUUGAAGGGCGGUUUGAACAUAUUGUUCUAUCAUGCAACACUACAUCUGAUCAUGGAAUUAUUUGGAUAGAACGAGAAGCACAGAAAGCUCUAGAUAGAAUUAGAGAAAACACAAAGGCGACGACUCCACCACCAUUGCAAAAAAUGGAAAGGAAACAGACAUUCGAGAAGGAACACAAGGAUGCACUGGAAAGAGCCGUGACCUUAAAUGUACCGCAUGCUGUACCACCAACAGAAGCUUCUACGGAAGAAGACACUAGUGAAGGCGCAUUUGCCGAGUCCCAAAAGGAAGAAACCUCAAGUAGCAAUUUGAAAUCCAGUGGGAAGCCUAAUUGGAAUGAAUUGGUAGAGAAGCUUUUUGACAGGAGUGAGUCUGGUAACCUAGUUUUAAAGGAAGAUGCCAAUGUUGCAGUUCAUUAGUGAACACUUAUUUUAGUUUUAAGUUUUUACUGAGUGAUCGUUCUUUCUCUGCAACAGAAAUAAGGCUUUGCUUUUGAUUACUCUAGUUCUUUCGGUUAGAUUAUUUGUACAUGUUUCAGCAAGACCAGUCUGAUGAGCUUGUGGAUACAGAAUAAAUUUUAUUUGCUUUUGCUUUACUGUUCCCACUGAAUCUCUGUAUCAUAUGGAUUAAAUGACCUUUUCAUUAUGUAUUUACAGAAGUUUAAAUUGUA